AUGCAUCACAGAUGUGCAAAAACUUGUGCUGUUUGUUUUAAAAUUGGGGAAAUUUGUGUUGAUAUUAUUAAAAGAAUUGAUUGUCUUUUUUGGCAAUCUAAAGGUUUUUGUACAAAUAAAGCCUAUUCGAAGGGAAUGAAGAUGAAACAAUGUGCUUUUACUUGUGGAUUAUGUCCAGUUGGAAUUGUGAAUGGCCGGAGAUAA